CGGUUGCCCGGGUUACCAGGAGACGGAACUACAGAGACGUCUGUGCCCCGGAAGUCUGGGCCCUGUGGCCGGGUCGGCUAAUCCUGGAGCAUCUCCAGGAUAAUUUAGGAGCGGCCAAUGGCUGUCGAUAUUCAACCAGCAUGCCUUGGACUUUACUGUGGGAAGACCCUGUUAUUUAAAAAUGGCUCAACGGAAAUAUAUGGAGAAUGUGGGGUGUGUCCAAGAGGACAGAGAACAAAUGCACAGAAGUACUGUCAGCCGUGCACAGAGUCCCCAGAACUUUACGAUUGGCUCUAUCUUGGAUUCAUGGCUAUGCUUCCUCUGGUUUUACAUUGGUUCUUCAUUGAAUGGUACUCAGGGAAAAAGAGCUCCAGUGCACUUUUCCAACACAUCACUGCAUUAUUUGAAUGCAGUGUGGCAGCUAUUAUCACCUUGCUUGUGAGUGAUCCAGUCGGUGUUCUUUAUAUCCGUUCAUGUCGAGUAUUGAUGCUUUCUGAUUGGUACACAAUGCUUUACAACCCAAGUCCAGAUUACGUGACCACAGUGCACUGUACUCACGAAGCUGUCUACCCACUCUAUACCAUUGUAUUUAUCUAUUAUGCCUUCUGCUUGGUAUUGAUGAUGCUGCUCCGACCUCUGCUGGUAAAGAAGAUUGCCUGUGGGCUAGGGAAGUCUGAUCGAUUUAAAAGUAUUUAUGCCGCACUUUACUUCUUCCCAAUUUUGACCGUGCUCCAGGCAGUCGGUGGAGGCCUGUUAUAUUAUGCCUUCCCGUACAUUAUACUAGUGUUGUCUUUGGUCACUCUUGCUGUGUACAUGUCGGCCUCCGAAAUAGAGAACUGCUAUGAUCUCCUGGUCAGGAAGAAAAGACUCAUCGUUCUCUUCAGCCACUGGCUACUUCAUGCUUAUGGAAUAAUUUCCAUUUCCAGAGUGGACAAACUCGAACAGGAUUUACCCCUUUUGGCUUUGGUGCCCACGCCAGCCCUUUUUUACUUGUUCACUGCAAAAUUUACUGAACCUUCACGGAUACUCUCAGAAGGAGCCAAUGGACACUGAAUAUAAAAUGCCAAAAAAAACCUAAGAAGUAUUCUUAAUAAAAAAGUAAAGAAAUAAAAAA